AUGAGAGAUCCUGCAAGUAAACAAUCCAGGGGCUUUGGCUUUGUAACAUUUUCUUCUAUGAAUGAAGUUGACGCUUCAAUGUCAGCACGGUCACAUUCUAUUGAUGGCAGAGUAGUAGAGCCCAAAAGAGCUGUUGUGAGAGAGGAAUCCUCUAAACCUGGUGCCCAUGUUACAGUUAAAAAAAUAUUUGUUGGUGGAAUUAAGGAAGAUACAGACGAACAUCACCUUAGAGAUGACUUUGAAGAAUAUGGAAAAAUUGAGAGCAUUGAAAUAAUUACAGACAAACAAUCUGGCAAAAAGAGGGGCUUUGGCUUUGUAACAUUUGACGACCAUGAUCCAGUAGACAAAAUUGUCUUGCAAAAAUACCACACAAUCAAUGGACACAAUGCAGAAGUAAGAAAGGCAUUAACUAGGCAAGAAAUGCAAGAGGUUCAGAGUACCCGACCUGGUAGAGGAGGUAACUUUGGUUUUGGAGAUGCAUGAGGUGGUGGAAACUUUGGACCAGGACCUGGAAACAACUUCAGAGGAGGCUCUGAUGGUUAUGGUGGAGGACGUGGGUAUGGAGAUGGAUACAAUGGAUAUGGCAGAGGUCAAGGAGGUGGUAACUUUGGUGGUUAUGAAGGUGGAAGAGGUGGUUAUGGUGGCGGCCCUGGUUAUGGGAAUCAAGGAGGCGGCUAUGGUGGAGCAUAUGACAAUUAUGGAGGAGGAAAUUAUGGAGGUGGUAACUACAACGAAUUUGGCAACUACAACCAGCAGUCUUCAAAUUAUGGCCCAAGAAGAGUGGUGGAAACUUUGGUGGUAG